GAGAGGGAGAGAGAAACAUCAAUACAUGGUUGCCUCUCAUGCAUCCCCUGCUGGGAACUGGUCUGCAACCCAGGUAUGUGCCCUGACAGGGAAUUGAACCACGAUCCUUUUUUUCGCAGGCCCGCACUCUAUCCACUGAGCUACACCAGCCAGGGCAAAAAUGACAAGAUAGUUAGGUAAGAAUUUCGGAAAAUCUUUGAGAAUGGAAAAGGUCUAAGAGAGUCUAAGAAGAAAGUUAGAAUUGGGAAUUGGGGUAAAGAGGCUUGGGAAUGACUGGAAGCUCUUCUGAGCUCUCAGAGCAGUUCAUAUACCCAGGGGCCCAGAAUUGUUCAAGAGAUUUAAAUUCAAAGUCAAGUUCUGACUUCCUCUUCCUCUUCCACCUGCCCCCACCUCAGCCUCUAUCAUGUGGAACACCUCUGAUGCCAACGUUUCCUGCUACCAUAAGUCUGUGCUGGGCUAUCUUUAUGUGGCAGUUACCUGGGGGGUUGUGGUAGCUGUAUCAGGCACUGUGGGCAACAUGCUCACCCCGCUGGCCUUGGUCAUUCAGCCCAAGCUCUAUACCCGCUUCAACCUGCUCAUCGACAACCUCAUAGUAGCUGAUCUGCUCUACUGCACCCUUCUCCAGCCUUUCUCUGUGGAUACCUACCUCCACCUGCACUGGAGAACUGGUGCCACCUUCUACAGAGUUUUUGGGCUCCUCCUCUUUGUGUCUAAUUCCAUCUCCAUCCUCACCCUCUGCCUCAUUGUUGUGGGAUGCUACCUCCUCAUUGCCCACCCGAAGCUCUUUCCCCAAGCGUUCAGUGCCAAGGGGAUAGUGUUGGUACUGGUGAGCACCUGGGUGGUAGGUGUAGCCAGCUUUGCCCCUCUCUUGCCUGUCUAUAUCUUGGUGCCCAUAGUCUGUACCUGCAGCUUUGACUGCAUCCAAGGCCAACCCUACUCCACCAUUCUCAUGGGGAUCUACUUUGUGUUUGGGCUCAGCAGUGUCAGCAUCCUCUAUUGCCUCAUCCACUGCCAGGUGAAGCGAGCAGCACAGGCACUGGAUCAGUACAAGCUGCACCAGGCAAGUGUCCACUUCAGCCACAUGGCUGGGACAGAUGAAGUCAUGCCCGGUCAUUUCCAGGAGCUGGACAGUGGUAUGGCAUCAGGGGGCCGUGAGGGGAUUUCAUCUGAGCCAGCCCAGACUCUGGAAGUAGAUUCACCAGAAGUGGGGGACCAGAGCAAUAGCAAAGUAGCUAAGCAGGUGACAGAGAAAAGCCUUCCACAGGCACCUGCCAAGGCCAAGCCAACUAAAGGAACCCCCAAAAUUCAGGACUCUCCAUCAGAGUUUAGGAAGGUGACUCGUAUGUGUUCUGUGGUGUUCCUUUGCUUUGCCCUGAGCUACAUCCCUUUCUUGCUGCUCAAUAUCCUGGAUGCCAGGGUCCAGGCUCCUUGGGUUGUCCACAUGCUUGCUGCCAACCUCACCUGGCUCAAUGGUUGCAUCAACCCUGUGCUCUGUGCAGCCAUGAAUCGCCAGUUCCGCCAAGCUUAUGGCUCACUCCUACAACAAGGGCCCCAGAGUUUCCGUAGGCUCCAGAGUUUCCAUAGGUUCCAUUAGAGCUGUGUUUCAGUCACCAGAAUCUGGGACUGUUCCAUCCAGAGCUAGAGUGGUCAACUGGUAUGAAAGUAAGAUGUGUAAGCAUUUUCAUAGACAACCUCCCCCUAAAUCCCAAACCAGGCCUCUCCCUUGCUGAAUG